UUUAUUUAUUUAUUUGACAGAGAGAGAGAGAACACAAGCAGGCGGAGCUGCAGAGAGAGGGAGAAGCAGACCUCCCGCGGAGCAGGGAGCCCGACGCGGGGCUCGAUCCCAGGACCCUGGGAUCAUGACCUGAGCCGAAAUCAAGUCAGAUGCUUAACCGACUGAGCCACCCAGGCGCCCCUACUGAGUUCUUGUUAUAGGCCAGGCAUCAUGCUAGAUGUAAAGUAGAGAGUAUGUGUGGCUAUCACCCAGGAAACAGGCUCGGAGACGCUCACUAGAGGGCUUGGGUUGAAGACCAGAGGCAGUGGUCAAACCCUGGGCUAGUGGAUUCUUAGAGUUGGGAUUUGAGAGUGUCCACCUGUGCAAUGGCCUAAUUUGCUUUUGUCUGUGCCCUGACACUUUGCUUCCUGCUAAGGCCAAUCAGAUAUUUUGGUGAGGGUGAGGUGGAGACAAAGAGUAACUUUCAGCACAGAGCCCACAGGGUUGGGGCAGUUCUAGGCUUUUGACAGAACUAUGGUCUUUGGCCUUGGUCAGACUAGGGACUCCUCAGAGCGAGGAUCCGUCUUCUCCUUCCGACUGGCAGCUCACGAGGGCGGCGAUGGCUAUGUCUCUCCCUCAGCGGGGUGGAUUCAUAAGGCAGAAUUUCCUCUUUUCCAACAGACUGGGCAUCCCUGAGGGCAAGGCUGCCUCCUCCCUGGUUGGGGGUAUCUGUGGGCAGUCUACGUCACACCUAUUGUACCGUGGCUUCCUGUGGGCAAGGCCGGCUGUGAGAAGGGUAUCUUCUGAGAGCAGCUUUUGGUCUGUUCCAUCAGCUUGGGGCUCCCUGGAGUUGGGGCUGUGACCACUGAAACUCGGGCUCCUGAUGACAGGGCUGUGUCCACACCCCACCUCAGACUGGGGGCUCCUGGGCAGGUUUAGGACCUUCUCUAGGUCAGGGCUCAUCUCUCCCUCAGACAAGGGACCCAGUUCCUCUGUCAGCCUAAGCCCAACCCUUACCGAAAGAGAGGCUCCGUAUCAGACGGACCAGCCCAGUGUUGGUGGCUGAGCUGACAUGCAGAGAGACUCCCUGGCUAGGUGUGGUUAUUCCCAGUGACUUCAGGGUGGGGGCCCCACCCAGGGACCUGGCUUCCUUGUCUUCCUGCUGAGCCUGUAGGCAGGCCUCCCCUAAUUCUUUAUUUGGCUGUUGAAUGGGGAUUGGAGCAUAAAGUGAGUCACACACCUAGGUCUGGGCCUGCCUUCUGCUUCCUUCCUAUUCUCUGCCCUAGUUCCCGAGUUCUCUGAGAAGCUGACCAGGAAACAUGCUCUCAGUGGCCCCCAUCUCUCCCUCAGCCUGUUGCCACUCUUUAGACCACUGUUCCUGCUGUUUCUCAGAUAGCACAGAGGCUCGGUCUGCAGACAGACGGACACUCAGAUCCUGCUGCUGCUGGGGCCACUCAGCCUGCUCAGCCUUCCCUGAUUCAGGCGCAACAGGAUUCUACCACCAGCUGCCCCUUCCAACCAUGGCGACAGGGGCAAAUAAUUCCUCUCAUGUGGACUCUGAGUUCCGAUAUACCCUCUUCCCGAUUGUUUACAGCAUCAUCUUUGUGCUGGGGAUCAUCGCCAACAGCUAUGUGCUAUGGGUCUUUGCCUGCCUGUACCCUUCCAAGAAACUCAACGAGAUAAAGAUCUUCAUGGUGAACCUCACCGUGGCUGACCUGCUCUUCUUGGUCACCCUGCCCCUGUGGAUCAUCUACUACCACAACCAGGGCAACUGGAUUCUCCCCGAAUUCCUGUGCAACCUGGCUGGCUGCUUCUUCUUCAUCAACACCUACUGCUCAGUGGCCUUCCUGGCUGUCAUCACUUACAACCGUUUCCAGGCAGUGACCCAGCCCAUCAAGACAGCUCAGGACACCACCCGCAAGCGUGGUUUCUCUGUGUCCCUGGUCAUCUGGGUGGCCAUUGUGGCUGCAGCAUCCUACUUCUUCAUCCUGGACUCCACCAACGUGGAGCCCAGUAAGACCGGCUCAGGCAACAUCACACGUUGCUUUGAGCAUUACGAGAAGGGCAGUGUGCCCGUCCUCAUCAUCCACAUCUUCCUCGUGUUCAGUUUCUUCCUUGUAUUUCUCAUCAUCUUCUUCUGCAACCUGGUCAUCAUCCGCAGGCUGCUCAUGCAGCCAGUGCAGCUGCAGCACAAUGCAGAGGUCAAGCGCCGCGCGCUGUGGAUGGUCUGCACGGUCUUGGCUGUGUUCAUCAUAUGCUUUGUGCCCCACCACAUCGUGCAGCUGCCCUGGACCCUGGCUGAGCUGGGCUUCCAGAACAGCAGCUUCCACCAAGCCAUCAACGAUGCCCAUCAGGUCACUCUCUGCCUUCUUAGCACCAACUGUGUUUUAGACCCCAUCAUCUACUGUUUCCUCACCAAGAAGUUUCGCAAGCACCUCAUUGAAAAGUUCUAUAGCAUGCGCAGCAGCCAGAAAUGCUCCCGGGCCACCUUGGAGACUGGCACUGAUGUGGUCAUGCCGCUCAACCACCUCCCUGUCCAUUCCCUCAAAAAGUAGUCCCUGAUUGUUGGGGCCAGGCCCGGAGGCUUCUCCUCCAUGGACAUCACAGACUGACCUGGGGGAUGAAGGGGUCUCUGCUGUGGUCUGGGCAUCUCCUCCCUGGGCACAAGUGGCUCUUUAAGUAUGGAGGCUACUUCACCAAGGUGGGGGUGAUGGCCAGGCCAGACUGCUGGGAAGUCCAGGACUUGAACGCGCUUCGUUGGCCACCUCGGGGCACAUGCAUAAUAACCUUGGCUGGCAACCUCAUCCUGAAUACCUGAGUCUGAUAGCUCUGCAGGGAAUGUCAGGGCCCGGGGCAGACCUUGGGGACAGACUCCGAGCCACCCUGUUCACCCUACCAAGGCAGCUGCCCUGAGCCAGUAUGGCCUGAAGUUUUGGUCAACAACUACCUUUGCUACUUUUAUAAAGGCAGAGAAGAGGGUUUUGGGAAAGAGAUCCUCCCCUGGUUGUGUGGUGGUGUCUCUGGGGGAGACUUUUGAGUUAGGAUAGUGCCAUCUUGUCUCCAUUUAGAGGCACAGGAUCUUUGUGACACUUCUUAGGGGACGUGGCUCAGUGGAGCCUUUUCCCACUCAUCCAACAACCUGUCCUGAAUGGUGCCAGAGAGGGUAAGACAUGUUCAGGUCAAAGGCUGGGAUGGGGAGGUUGUCUCCUGAGGCAAAUGUAUCUCUCUGCAUAGGCCUUGGGUCAGCUCUGGGGGACUGGGAGAGACACAACUGCCACAUCCGUCUGUCUCAGCAGUGGAUCCUGGUGAAUUACCUCCCGCUGGGCAGCUCCCUACUGUGGGUGGGCAGGGGCCCCGCAAAGCCAAAUUGGGGGCAUCUGCGGCACCACGAUGCUCAGAGGUUUCAUGAGAAAGGGCACUUAGGUGGAGAAGUACCUGUGUGUGGGUGAGGCCUCCAGAGUAGGAGGAGCCUGUCAGGUCUCAUCUACCACCUAGCUUUCUGGGGCAGGGAGGUGGGGGGGGCGGGGGGGAGCCCUCCUAAUUUAGCUUCCAGAAGGUGAGAGGAGCAGUUAUAAUCCCAAGGGCCAGGAGGCACUUUGAAUUUGGGGUGCAGAAGAGAGGUGUCAGCUUCUCUUGAAGAUCUCUAGAUGCCUCCUUGUGAUUUUCGGCAAAUAUAUUCAGAUGAGCUUCCUCACACCCUGAGCACCUGCGGUGUGAAUCUGGCAGCCACAGACCCAGGGGCUUGGAGGAGACCACCCUGGAGCCCCGUGGUCCUUCUGAGACAUCUUCCUCCCUUCCAGCCACAAUCCCCACAGAGUGAGAUUCUUGUUUCCUGUCUACUGGGCUGAUUUUGAUAAAUGCUUCCCCAUGGGCCAGUAACCUGCUUGGGUCUGGAAUGGUAGCUGUGGGCUGAACUCAGCUGAUGGUGACUAGGUGGAGAGUGCAGCAGACUUUGAGCUUUGGUGUCAGACAGACCCAGGUUCAAGUCUUGGCUUUGUCACUUCCUACCAAGGGACUGUGAGCUGAAUUUCCUACCUUAUAGGGUUGUUAGGAGUGGCGAAUGCUGAGGCAGAUACCUCUUGGUCAGGGUGAUUGCUCAUCCCAGAUUCUCCCUUUUUCUGAGAAUGCAUUCCCCUUGAUCCUCUGAUAAGAGCUGAACGGAUGAGAUGCGGGCAUGUAGCUCUAGGUGGGCCAGUCAGGUUCUCUCUCUCAGGAAUAAGCAGCCAGAUUCAGGGGUGCUAUUUCAGGCUCUGCAGGUCACUAACCUGAAGACAUACAAGUCUAGAGUUGUGACUGUGUGUGUGUGUGUGUCUAUAUGUGUGUGCCCCUCUAUGUGUAUGAGAUGGGGCAGGGGAGAGUGGGUGACCUGCUCAGAGAGAAGAUGGAAAUGUGUAGAGCAAAGCAGAGACCAGACGGAGACCAGAAGUCUGGAGAGAGGAGGGCAGGUGCUUCCGGGGCCUGCUGCCCUCUUCCUCCAGGCCAGGCCCGCUCAAAGCCCAACAUCUGCAUUCCUUCCUUUGGGUUCUGUCAGGAUGCAUUCUCUUAUUUUGUCUAAGCCUAUUUGAAUGACUCUCUAUGACUUGCAUCUUGUCUCUGAAUAAGAUGAAUGCUUAGAUGCUAAAGCACAGUGUUUCUUGCAGUUCAGUCAUUUGUGUACACCCCCCAUACACAAUUUUUCAAUACCCAUGUGCCAUCUGUAUGUUUACUUAAUAAAUAUUUUGCUCUAAAUUGAGUCACUUUUUAUCUCUUUACCCAAAUGUCCAUCAACUGGUGGAUGGAUAAAGAAGAUGUGGUGUAUAUAUACACAAUGGAAUAUUACUCAGCCAUCAAAAAGAACGAAAUCUUGCCAUUUGCAACAUUGCGGAUGGAGCUAGAGGGUAUUGUGCUAAGUGAAAUAAGUCAGAGAAAGACAAAUACCAUAUAAUUUCACUCAUAUGUGGACUUUAAGAAACAAAACAGAUGAACAUAUGGGAAAGGAAAAGAAAAAGAGAGUGGGAAACAAAUCAUAAAAGACUCUUAAUGGUAGAGAACAAACUGAGGGUUGAUGGGGGGAUGGGGAGUGGGCUAGACUGGUGAUUGGAUAUUAAGGGGGGCACAUGUUAUGAUGAGCACCGGUGUUGUAUGUAAGUGAUGAUUCAUGGAAAUCUAUUCCAGAAACCAUAUUGCACUGUAUGUUAACUAACUAGAAUUUAAAUUAAAAGUUGAAAAGAAAAAAAAUAAAACUUUAUUUAAAAGGAUGCUUUAUAACUAAAUUAUAAUGAAAACCAGUGGCACCUGCCACACAUAAGAGAUGAACAUAAACAUAAAAUGUAACUAUUUUUUAAAAUAUUUUAUUUAUUUAUUUUGAGAGAGAGCGUGUGCGUGCACGCACACGCAUGGGCUGGGGGAGGAGCAGAGGCAGAGGGAGAGAAUCUCUAGCAGACUCCAGGCUGAGCACGGAGCCCCACUUGGGGCUUGAUUCCAAGACCCUGAGAUCAUGACCUGAGUCAAAACCAAGAGUCUGGACGCUUAACUGACUGAGCCACCCAGGCGCCCCUGAGUUGUAAUUCUUUUGAUGAAACACCACCAAUCAGGAUUUCCAAGCCAUCUUAUGUGUCAAGAAGGCCUCAUCCUGCCCUGACCUCAGUCUCACACCAGUGAUCUCAGUUGGAGAAUGUUGACUGAAGCAAGAUGAGUCACAGACACAAGAGUGGUAAGUGUAGGGCACAGUUGACGAGAACUGAGCAUAUUUAUGCUUGUUUUUACUCAUCUAUAUUAUAUUUGUCCUUGAGACCUAAGGCUACAAACAGAUAGAACAAAACCCUCUUGUAAAACACCUGGUUUUCGUGCAGACUUAGUUUUGCUGAAAUACAAAUCUUGCUUCCCUUGACAACCUGCCAGCAAGUCAUCCUCCUACCUACCCAGUCACCCAUCCAUCCAUCCAUCCAUCCAUUCAUCCAGCUAUCCAAAAAAACACAUAAUGGAGUACCUAUUUUGGUCCAAUAACUAUGCUAAGCACAGUUUUUAUCUGUUGUCUUAAUGAAACCUCACAGUCCCCACUGAAAGGUAGCUGAUUUUAUCCCCCUAGAAAUGAAUAAAAUAAAGACUGACUGAAUAAGACAGUGGCUGCCCCCUAGAUACUUGGUAUAAAAGGAAAGGGACCUCCUUUUUGUUGAGCCCAGAUAUUUGCUUGCCACUUUCAUAAGUCUUAUCUCAAUGAGUCCUUAUAACCUCUGUACAGAAUUGAUAUCUUCAUGCCCAUUUUGCAGAUGGGGAAAUUGAGGCUCAGGGGGGUCCAGUGAUUUAUAAGAGCUAGUAAGUGGUGGAAUAAUCUUCAAACCCAGACCUGCCUUAGUGAAUAUGGGUCCCUGUCCUCCUUUCCUCCCCUCCAUGUGACUGUACCCUUGCCCAAGUCCCUGUAAGCACUGUCCUGGCUUUGGUGUGUGCUGGGUUAGAGGUCUCUUGAGGGCAAGAGCAGCUGGUGAGGGCCGCACCUUGCUGUUUCUAAUUUCCUCCUUGAAGGCUUUUGUGCUCCCCAUGCAGGCUGAAGCCCCGGAAGCAAGGAUUUUUUUUUGGGCUGAGACUCCUGGGGUCAAUGAGGGGCUCUCCUGCCAGUGGAUGCUGCACAUGAAUGCAGUGUUGCAAAGAACUCCUGAAACCAGAGUGUCAUUGUCGCUAAAGCUAGAAGGUGCAUUCAGCGGUCACUUGGAUCCUGCCGUCUCUGUAAGAGGAGGGAAAGGGGUGAACGCUCAGAAGCUGCUGACCACUUACUGUGCACCAGGCCCUGUGAGGGGAACUUUACAUCAUCACCUAGGGAUAAAACUGACUCUUCCCUCUGCCUGCAUUACUCUUCUCCCCAGAUAUCUAUCUUUCCUGCUCUCUCCCUCACCUCCAUCAAGACUGCUCAAAUGUCCCCCUCUCAGUGAUGCCUGCCCUUGACCACGUUACUUAAAGCAGAAGCUUAAAGAAUGAAGUGAUUCUCGAGGCCACGCAGGAAACAGCUGGGUCUGUCUGGCUCCAAAGACCAUGCGCUUUUCAUUCUGGCACACUGACCUCCUCUGUAGACUCCUUUCGUGACAUGGACCAUGCCCGUCAGUCUGUUCUCUAUAUUUAGAGGUCUGGUUCUGUUUGUUGCUUGUCUAUUCAUCUUAUUAAGAUUCCACUGAUGAGGGCACCUGGGUGGCUCAGUCGGUUAAGCGACUGCCUUCGGCUCAGGUCAUGAUCCUGGAGUCCCUGGAUCGAGUCCCGCAUCAGGCUCCCUGCUCGGCAGGGGGUCUGCUUCUCCCUCUGACCCUCCCCCCUCUCGUGCUCUCUGUCUCUCAUUCUCUCUCUCGCAAAUAAAUAAAAUGUUUAAAAAAAAAAAAAAGAAAUACCUUAAAAAAAAAAAAAAGAUUCCACUGAUGAGUGGAAUCAUAUGGUAUUUGUCUUUCUCAGUCUGACUUACGUCACUUCGCAUAAUACCCUCUAGUUCCGCCCGUGUUGUUGCGAAUGGCAUGACCUCAUCCUUUUUUACGGCUGAGUAAGCAUAGAUCCUUUUUCCACCUGUGUUUUGCCAGAUGCCUCCCUUGUGCAUUUUUCUGUCUGAAUGCCUCUUAUUUUCUGUUGCCACCAUCCUUCAGUCUCACCCCCCACAACAGCUCAAGAGCGCUCAAUAAGUAUCUUUGACUUUAUAUGUAUCCUUGGAAAAUGUAGUGUUAUCCUCUGUGUGUAUUCAUUUAGAAUUUACACAAAAGGCACAAUUUACCUAGGUUGGGCUAUGGACCUCCUUCUGUGUCUCCUAGUUGUCCCACUCAUUUAACCGUGGUGAAGCGAGCACAUAGGGUUCACUGUUGCAAACAUCUGCCUGGCCCUCCCUCGUGUGCGUCUCCGUUUGACUUACCUGUUCCCCUGGCGAUGGACAGUUGGGUUGUCUUCUGCUCCCUUUUCUAUAAACAAUGCUGUGAGGAGAUCCUUCCAGAUGCUCCCCUAUGGACCAAUGAGAAUUUCUCUGGGAUGAAUACCCAGGUGUGACAUUCCUAGGGCAGAGGCUUCACUCCUACGUAAGACUUAGACCUGCCAAAUCACUUCUGGAACAGCUGCACUGGUCUACACUCGCACUCGGAGUUACAGGAGAGUUUCUAUGUCUCUCAGUCCCCACCCAUACUUGGCAUUGUUCCACUUUCAAAUUGUUGGUAGGUAUUAAGUAAAAUAUUGUUUUUGGUUUGAAUUUCUCUCAGACCAUUAGUGGGUUGGUAAUCAAGUACUCAUUAGCCUUUUGAGUUGGGAUUCAUACCAUUCCGACUCCAAAGCCUGCCCGGUAUCACAUAGUGAUCAUUAAAGUGGCCUCUUAGUGGGGCCACGUUGCCAGGGUUCAGUUUCUGGCUUCACCUGGUCUGUGAUAUUCACCUCUCUGGACCUCUGUUUCCUCACUGUAAAAUGGGAAUAAUUUUAUUGUUGACAUAAUAGGAUGGUUUCACGGAUUUAAAAUUUCUUAGAAUAGUGCCCAGCAUGGAAUAAGUACUUGCAAAUGUCAUGUCUUGUCUGGAUAGAUUGUGUCAUUCUUCACGCAGGCUUUCUGUUCAUUCCAGCUCAUAGUGUUUCCCCACCCCUGCUCAUAAAGUUCAUAUUGUGUAACCCUGAAUUUUCCUCAGAAAUGUGAAACCAUAAAAGAGAAAACAGAAUGUAACUAGUCUGGCUUUCUUAUUUAACUUCCCAGGUCAUUCUAAAGGACUUUCAGAGAAUGUUUUAAGAAUUGUCACAUGCAUGAGUCAGGGGAUUUUGGCAUUCAGAAGGAAGUGAUGGGGCGCCUGGGUGGCUCAGUUGGUUAAGCGACUGCCUUCGGCUCAGGUCAUGAUCCCGGAGUCCCAGGAUCGAGUCCCGCAUCGGGCUCCCUGCUCGGCAGGGAGUCUGCUUCGUCCUCUGACCCUAUCCCCUCUCAGGUGUUCUCUCUCUCUCAUUCUCUCUCUCUCAAAUGAAUAAAUAAAAUCUUUAAAAAAAAAAAAAAAGAA